GGACUAAGGAGUAUAAAUUUCUCAUAGCACUUCCUAUUUUUGUGGCCUCAAAAUCGUGCAGCGCUAUAUCUAAGGAAUCCAUUUAUUUCUCUCUGUCCCUUUCUUUACAUCAACAUCACCGUUACUCAUUAUUUAUUCCCCUUUUUUCCAGCAAAAUUUGGGUUCUCUGAUUUGUAAUAAUUUUGCAAGGGACAAAUUUUCAGAAUCGAAAUUGAAAACAAAAAAAUGGGUUCUCAUGCAAUUGCUAAUGCUCGUGUUUCUACAUUCAACAAAAACUCUCCCAAGAAGAAAAGGGGUAGCAAACAGGUGAAAUUGAGACAGAACAAAAUUGAUGUUAGAAAAGAACAAAAUACAUUUCAAGCCAACAACAAGGAACACAACGUGAAGAAAAACAUAACUGAUGGAGCGAAGCCACCAUCCAUACCAAAUGGGAAUGAAGCCCCCAAAACACGAGUCAAUCAGGCUAUGAGUCCAAGAGAAUACGAGCAUGAGAUACCGACAACAUAUAGCAACAAUGAAGUGGCGUCCUUGACGAAUGGGUCAACAGUCGAAAGACCAGAUUGCUAUGUUUUGAAUAGCAGCUAUAGUGGUAGUUGCUCCAGUAGUUGCAGUGAGGAAGACAGAGAUGAAGGGUGCUUAGAUGAUUGGGAGGCUAUGGCAGAUGCUUUGACAGCAAAUAAAAAUCAGCAAACUUCAGAUUUGAAAACAGAAACUCCUGGUAUAAAUUGUCGAUAUCAAGGGAAUAGUCGAGCUUGGAGCCUUAAUGAUAUUUAUCGCCCCAGAAGUUUGCCUAGCAUUCCAAAGCAGCAGUAUACUCGACAUCUUCAGGUUGAUUCAGGAAGCUGUUUUUCUCGUGGGGAGCCUUCUGCUUGUCCGAUUUGUUGUGAGGAUUUUGACGUAACAGACUCGAGUUUCCUUCCUUGCCCAUGUGGUUUUCGUGUUUGUCUCUUUUGUCACAAUAAGAUACUCGAGGUAGAUAGGCGAUGUCCUGGGUGCAGAAAGCACUACGAUAAUGCGAAUGGAGACACAGUUUUAGCAGUUCAGACGAGUCAUUCUUGGAGCAAGAAUACAUGGUUUUAAGAGACUUGUUUAGAUCAUGUGGUGUAUAUGGGGAUUGUUUGCUCUUAUGUUAUCCUUUAAUAGUCUCAAAGUUGUAGGACUUGGAAGCGUUUUUUUCCAGAUAUCUAAUAUCAUCAUAUGGGUGAAUGAGCAGAAAAGAUAUAUGAGACCUGUGAGACUGUGAUGCAUUCAUUUUCUUGGUGAUGUUUGCAUUUCUUGAUAUAUGGAUAUCUACUCUAGUAUUUUAUCAA